AUGCAAUUAAAUACAGUCAAAUUAUUCAAAUUUAAUUUGUUAGAUUAUGUCUUCUUCCGAGUAACUUCUACUACUGGUGUGGGAAGAACUAUUCGUGCUAGGAAGUUGUCUCCUAAGUACCUCGGUUCUUAUCAGAUCCUGAGAAGUAUAGGAUCAGUUGCCUAUGAGAUAGCCAUGCCACCCCAGCUUGCAAACCUUCAUCCAGUGUUCCAUGUCUCACAGCUUAGUAAGUAUGUACCUGAUCCGUCUCAUGUACUAGAAGCCGAGAAUGUUCAAGUUAGGGAAGAUCUGUAUGUGGAGGUGCAACCUAUCAAAAUCGUGGAGAGCCAAAACAAGCAACUUAGAGGAAAAACCAUCAGUCUAGUCAAAGUCGUCUGGGAUAGUAGGACCAGUGACUCUACCUAG